GAAUCAUUGCGCGAGGAGCCUCCGAGUUGUGCUGGAGUAUCGGUGCCUUGUAGCUGGGGAAUUCGGUGCGCCGGUCCGUGAUAUGAGGAGAGAAGCCGAUUUGGGAGCUAUGUUGACUUGUUACAACUAUGGUUUUUUGAUUUAGGAUAUUUAAGAUGCAUGUUGGGAGCUUAAUAUCUAAACACCCAAUAUACAUAAAAUCUUUUGAUUUUGUAUUUAAUUUAUACUCAAUAAGUUAAUAACAUUAAAAUAAACCUAUUUUUGUGACGGAUAAUAAGAAUAUAUAUAUAUAUAUAUAUCACUUUAUAUUUCAAGUUUACAAUAAAGUAAAGUUCGUACAUUUUUGUAAUAAUAUUUUUAUAUUUGCAAUGCCUAAGUUCGUCCAUUGCCUGCCAACAUGAAUUGACCAUUUUGUAGGCUACUGUACAUACUUUGUUCAAACCAAAAGUCGUGCAUAUUUGCACACACGAAAAUAAAACGCUUGUGUUUGGUUCCUUUUGACUCCGGUAGUGAAAGAUUCCUGUGUACAAGAGAUCAAGCUAACUUUUCGUGCUGAUUACAUAAACAGAAAGUAAUUGGUGGAAAUUUAAUUCUGAUUAAAUAUUUGCUGACUAUUGUCAAAUAUAUGUACGUGCCGCCACGCUACAUUCUUUGUCCCUUGAAGUUGUUGCAUCGCAUAAAUAUCAGGGAUUGUUUGUUAUUGUGUGAAUUAAUACAGGCAGAGUUGAUCGAUACGUGGGCGUGCGUCAUCCGCACAACGCCACCAAACCUACCCCAGAGAUAAAGUGUUCAGUGCAAGGCAGAUAUUUUUAUUUUGCAUCUUGAUGAUGGAAGUCAGAUGGACUAACAAAAGUGAAGUACAGUCUGCUUACAUGUGGUACGUUUCCUGCCCCGUGUGGUUAGUGUAGAUGUUUCCGUAGCUGCAGCGAAGUGUAACGUCGUAGCCCGUAGAGAUUAUACACUGUUCGCAGCCGUGACCCGGGCGACUGCGCUUUUUGGCAUCAAGAGGAAAACAAAGCCCGAUAUCUCCUUAACGGAAAAGAAACGCCAUAUAAUCGGUGAUGUAAAUGUAACGGGAUUAUUAUUCACUCCGGGAAGAAUACAGCAGUAAAGUGGACCGCAUCUUACAGCAAUUCCAGAGACAACGGCUGGUCACUAACAAAGAUGAGCUACUGUUGUGCAUUUUUUUUUGCAGAAAGCUGCAUUCCUUGCAGUCUGGAGUUGACAGCUGAAGAGUCGUAAUUUUUUAUUACAGAAGUCGACAGCUUUUUCACAAUCGCAUUGUCUGAACCACUGAAACACUUUAUUUUAUUCUCGAAUGGACAUACCGUAGUAGUGGAAUCGUUUUGAUAUUUUAAUCGUACCUUUUUUGCCCGGUUGUGGUGCGGACAAAAAGACCAGUUUAGCGUUGCUGUUUGGCAGCCGAUUACUACUGGAAAUUAUGCCCGAAUUAAAAUGAACAAUAUAUCUUAAAAGGACACUGUAUCGGUCUGGGUUAAUGCUCUAAAGCCAUUUUCGUAUAUCAAAUGCUGGAGAAGAAUUAAACCGUCCGUGAUACGGUAACUUUUGUAAGAAUAUACAUAUCGAAUAUACUUUAAACACCGAGGACUGUUACAGUAUCAGCGGAAUAUGUUGUUGAAAGAGUACAGAAUAUGUAUGCCGCUAACGGUGGAGGAGUACCGGAUCGGACAGCUCUACAUGAUCAGCAAGCAUAGUCACGAGCAGAGCGACCGUGGGGAGGGCGUGGAGGUGGUGCAGAAUGAGCCCUAUGAGGACCCCGUCCACGGGUGCGGUCAGCUGACCGAGAAGCGGGUUUACCUGAACAGUAAGCUCCCCAGCUGGGCUAGAGCAGUGGUCCCGAAAAUCUUCUAUGUGACGGAGAAGGCCUGGAACUACUACCCCUACACCAUCACAGAGUACACAUGCUCGUUCCUGCCGAAGUUUUCCAUCCACAUAGAAACCAAGUAUGAGGACAACAAAGGCAGCAACGACCAUAUCUUCGACUGCGAAGCCAAGGAGCACGAGAGGGAGGUGUGCUUUGUCGACAUUGCCUAUGAUGAGAUUCCCGAGCGAUACUACAAGGAGUCAGAGGAUCCGCGCCACUUCAGGUCAGAGAAGACGUCACGGGGGCUGCUGCAGGAGGGCUGGCGGGACACACAGCAGCCCAUCAUGUGCUCCUACAAGCUGGUGACAGUCAAGUUCGAGGUGUGGGGGCUGCAGACUCGCGUGGAGCAGUUCGUGCACAAGGUUGUGCGGGACGUCCUACUCUUGGGACACAGGCAGGCCUUUGCCUGGGUGGACGAGUGGAUCGACAUGACAAUGGAUGAGGUGAGAGAAUUCGAACGUGCCACUCAAGAAGCGACCAAUAAGAAGAUCGGGAUCUUCCCCCCGUCCAUCUCCAUCAGCGAGACCCCCCUGGCAUCUUACGCCCGCAGCGGCCCCUCCAGUGCCCCCUCCACCCCCCUCACCACUGAGGCGCCCGAGUUCCUAUCCGUGCCCAAGGACCGGCCCCGGAAGAAAUCAGCCCCCGAGACACUCACACUGCCCGACCCCGCCCUCAACGAGCUGAACCUCCCUCUGCCCUCUUCCUCUGCCUGUCAUUCCAGUCCCCAGCCACCACAGUGACCACCCCCUCCCCCCAGAAAGACACAAUCACACCAACCCCCUCUGCCCCCCUCACAUAUACCUCCAUGUGUGGUGCUCUCUGCAAGUCCACUUACCUGCCACACUCCAUUAAUCUUCAGACCCUUAGCCCAUACUUCAGUGAUUCAUCUCCAAACUCUUUGGCUACAUUACGGUGAUUAAUGGCUGAACUCGCAAGCCAUACUUUGAUUAUUUAUUUCCUGGCCUGUUGUCGGCACCUGAAUUAGUUAUCUCCAAACACACUGCCGAUGUAUAAUGAGUUUAUUUCAAAACUCAUUGACCAGGGCCCAGAUUCCCCACGUUCAAUCUCAUGGGGCAAGUCCCAAAUGCCAGCCUGUCCGAGGUGUGCCAGCGUUCUGUACCAGCCGUAUUCUCAAACACAACAGGACCAGAAUGCAAUCGCUGUUGAUCUUUCAUGGUUUGUUUUGUAAUUGUCCAGCAAUGCUUCGUGAAAUCACAAGCGCAUGUACAUACUCACCGCUGUCGUAUUGCUGACUAUCAUGACUAAUUACUAUCUUAUAUAAUAACAUAUAUACCAUAUGAGUCAAAAAUAGGUUUUCUAUAUUAUUUUAUGUCAUAUUUGUCUGUAAAUAUUUGAAAACGAAACAAAAAAAACACAUCAUAUAGUCAAUGAAACAUGAGGAUGAAAGUGGUGGGUCAGUAUCUGCCUAAACUAUGAAGGACUUUCCUGCUCAAUCAGCUGUAACCCUGAUGGCAUGCUGGAGUAAGGUAGGUUGCUUUAGACUGCUUUAGACCGGCAAUGCAGACCCAGACCGUGAUCCAGCCUUCUCCAAGCAUUACAGUGGGAACCACUCACACAUAACGCAUCACUUACGACUUACAGCGUCUUACAAAUACACAGCAAUUAGAAAUGAAUACCACCUUCAACUAUUGUUAAUAGGCAACUGCAUGCAGUUCAAUUCACUGAUAAUUAUGGUUUCCAUUAGGUGUAAUAGAAUUUAAUGUUACUUAUCUAGCGUUACAUUUAUCUCCUUCUAACGAGUAAGUACAUUAGAUAAGUUCAUUAAUUAAUAGAACUAAUGGAUAAGUAGUGAUAAGUCCUCAAAUUGUUUUUACUUGAACGAACCUUCUUAUUGGUCCAUUAGAAUCGUUAUUACCAGUAUCUAGCGGGUAGAUAAUGAUUAUGUACAUUAUAAAAUAAUGCUUAACUAAAGUUUGGUUAAUAUGUCAAGUGAGAGUUGGUUCAUGGUUAAUUCAGAGCAUAACAGUAUAUUAUUUGUGACUCAUAAAGUCGUAUUUAGCCCUCCUAAUUGCUGGACAAAUACAUACCAAAUUGUGUAUAUAUCUCUAUCAUUCUGUCUUUGAGCAAGACUCCCACCCAAAUGUAAAGAUGUGAAAAUUACAGCCAGGUACAAUCUCAGUGUCUCAGGUCUCCGCGGUUCUGCUACCUACCCAGUGCUGUUAAUAUACAAGCCAUCAUGCCCAGUUGCUGCUCAAAAGAGGGUUAUUGCAGUUGUACUUUUAUAUGUGUACAGAAAUAUAAAUACCUGCUUUCAUCAACAAAGCUCAGAAUGGUUAUGCAGGCAGUGCAGAACACAGAGCUGAACUCAAAUGGCCUGCAGACCACAUUAAUAAUCGCUAAAUUCUUUGAACUACUGAAGAAGGGUCACUUUGAACCUUAAUGUUUUUCCUCUUCGCUCAUCUCUGGAGCUGCAACGGCAAACAGAGUUCAGGUCUAUUACAUGUGAACCGCGGUGUACAGCAGUUCUCUUUUGCGUCGAGGUUCAGUGUCUCUAGAAUUCAGAAUGAACUUGACUGUUCUUCCAUUGUCUCCAUCAGAUACAUUGGACUUUCUGAAACAUUGCGACUGUUCAAGGCUUUUUAUUUGUAUCGUCUCGAUCAGAACAAAAGCUGAAACACAACUGGGUGGAAAAAGGGGCAAAAUAAAUAGAGGGAUUUACUAAUCAUAACUCAAAGUACCAUACAUCGAUAGGUAGGCUAAUUUAUCCUUACUUGAGACUUCCAUUACAAAGAAGAUUCCUGUAUAAAGUACAUUUUUAUUCCUUGCUGUCCUCGGAAUGCCUGUUAGUCACGCUUCCUGGUGUAAGAGCAUUUUGGCUAAUAAUGAUGUUUAAUAAAGACAUUUAAUUCACAUUGAGUUGCUCAGUUUAUACCAAUUUUUUUUUCAUUUUGAGAAUUGUUGGGUACUGUUACGGGGGAGAACCGAUAGAUGCAAGUAUUCAUGGAGUGACGUCUGGAUAUAAACUUUUGAGUCUAUGGUGGUUUUUUCUGCCGCAUGAAAUCUUUGCGCAUAUAUUUAUAGAUAUAUAUAUAGAUAUAUAUAUGUAUAAUGUGUACAUGUAUCGAAUAUGGAGGGUUUGUUGGUGUUACUGUGGAAACUGUGGAAAACAUGAAUGCCAGUAUAAGAGGCCGUAUGCUCUGGUAAUGCAGAGUUUCUUCAGAAACCAAGCAUGCUCUGACGAGACCGUGCCUCCGCAUGCGGAUCUGUUCUCUGACCUCUAUACCAAACCUGUACGAUACCUGUGUAGCCUCGAAAAGUCCUGUCCUUUUUUACAUCGGGCUGCAUGUUGCUUCUCAGAAAGUGGAAGGUGGUAGUAACCCUUCCCUGUCUCACGACCACGUGUCAAAGUGUAUUGAGCUGCACGGAGUAUGAACAGAUCUGCACGGAACUGCACACUUGGUGCAGUAAAAAUGCUUCGUCACGCACCGAUCUGCUUGUUAAUAGCAUAUUACACCUUGAGCCCAUGUAUGUUUACUUUAAGCAUAAAGAUUAUAAUAGAGGCGUUAGGUGGAUCUAUGAACAGAAUUUUUUUAUCCAGGGAGAAAUUUCAUUUGGAACAUACCAAAUAUUUAUCAAAUGUCACCCCCUUGAGAGAAGUCUGCUUGAUAUACAUUUGGUAUGUCAAAUAAUUGCUAUCACUUGUGUAUUUCAGAGAUGUUGUGCCUAUACGGGUAUGCGCCAUAAUGUCUCAUAAGGUAAAAUACAUUACUGAUGCGUUUUAUAGGACGAUCCACAGGUCUAAGAAAUUAACCUGGUUACAGUUUAAUCUUGUAAAGUUAGUCUUACAUGGAUAUUAGGCUAAAAUAUCAAUUGUGCACAUACCACAAGGCUAUCAUUGUGUAUAGAUUCAAAUAUAUUUUGAAAUGUCUCAUGGAAACUGUACUUAGAUGUGAAACAAAGGCUUUUAAGUUCUUAUUGUGGCAUCUAAAUAUAAAGUUUAUUUGUGAAUUUGUGUGUCAUUACAGAGCUGCCUUUUUAUGUCUGAUAUUACCAUGUUAAUUUCUCACACGGUGAAUAAGCACAGUUUAUUCUUUUUAAUUGUUGUUAUCGUAUAAGUUUAAGAAUUUAUUGUUAGAGGUGUUAAGUGUCCCCAUGUUGUCUUUUAGAAGAAGCAUAAGGGUAGUUUUCAAGAACUGUUCCCAAAAAAUGUACCAAAUUUUAAAGAGAAUUUUCAGGAUGCUAGAUUGUUCCUAUAAAUUUGCAUAAUGCAUAACUCAUUUUACAUAUUUUAACAUAUAUCUACCAAUAAAUGAGGAACAGAUUGUCCACAAAACUGUUUCACUUUUCCAGUAUAUAUGUACAGAUUUUUUUUCUUUGCUUUUAUGAGUUCAGAAAUGUAUUUGAAAGUGUUUUCUGUUGACAGUGUUUUUUUAACAUGACACCUGUCUUUAAUGUAAACUUUAUAUAGAUUUUAUGAUCAAAAUAACAUGUACGCUUAGCAAUUGAUUUUAAUUUACUGUUACAGUAUUUUCUUAUUAUUAUUUUUGUCAGUGAAUUUGACAAACUUGCAAGCAAACAAGAUCAACCUGAUAUUAAUUUCACUUUGUAUGGUAUUCACUGUGGUUUUGUUUUGUUAUCAUUUUAACUAUAUUAAUAUAGGCAAAUGACCAUGUUCUGAGUGUUAGCCGGACUGCUGUGGAUUUCGAAGUAUUGAGCGCCAUGAUCAUUCGGCUGCUAUAAGCCGCUCUAAGUUCUUUCAUUUUGUCUGUGUGUUUUUUUAUUAUUGGGGUCGCACUUUCAUUUUACUUAGUUCUUGUAUAACUGCGGCAUAUUUUCUUAAAUAUUGUACUUAAUAAAGUUUAGUUGCAAUUA